AUGGCAGACCCCAACAUUUACAACUUCCUCACCUCCAACAAUCCCAGACCCACCAAACGACAAGCCCACCACCUCCACCACCAACAAUCACCACCGCCACCUCGUCCCCCACUUCCGCCUUCAACAACCUCUGCCACCCGCCUCUUUCCAUGCCUUUACUGCUCCAGAAAGUUCUACAGCUCUCAAGCUUUGGGUGGCCACCAAAAUGCCCACAAGCGUGAGCGAGCUGCUUCACGUAGAAACUUGAGCUUCUCCUCCAUUAACAUCGAGGUUCCACCCCCACCCACUUUCCACCAACUCCCUUCUUUAGAACACCACACUGCACCACCCUUCCUCAUCGAUCACCAGUUCCAGAAACAGUACCACUACCAGCACCAGUAUGGGCAGUACCAGUACCCAUCAACCUCCGUUCCUCCUCCGCCUAAUGUUACUUAUCAUGGUUGUAGCUCCAUGACUCCCGAUGCUCCCUCUCCCCCUCCUGCAGAUAAUGCUGACAAAGUUAACGAACUUGAUCUCACUCUUCAUUUGUGA